AUGUUUCCUCGGAGUCUGCCAAAAAAUAACACUUCGGCAAAAGCCGAUGUACCGAUACAGUCUAAGUUUGAAUGUGGGUCCGAAUCCAAGAAGCCUAGAAAGCAAUUUAAGAGAAUAAGGACCGUUGAGGGUAGCUGUAACCAAUGUCUUAAGCAUCGAGUCAAAUGCUCAUUGGACAAACCCUUAUGUAAGAGGUGUCUUAAGCAGGGACUUGAUUGCAAUUAUGACCGAUUCAAUUUGAAAUGGGGUAAAGUGCUGAAUAUCAAUUCUGUAGCUAGUUCGAAGGGUGGUGGUGGUGAACUUGAAGGUAAUACAGGUAAGAACAACUUCUACAUGUUCAGUGGUCGCAAUGCAAAGCCUCUAUUCACAUUGAUCAGAAGUAUCAAUGACAAAGAAAAAAGAGUUGUUUCUGUGGCUGAUAAUAGUACUACGAAAUCAGUGAGGCAGAGUUCAUCGACGCCUUCAACUCCUAAUACCGCUAUUAGUUCAUCCGCAGAACCACGGGCAGCAAGUCAGGAGCAGAACACUAGCUCCGAUAGCUCUAGAGAGUUUGACUAUUUUAGAAACGUUCUCAUUGCAAAAUUGCAUGCUUUUGGAAAGUCUCUGGAUGAAUCAGGGCUGGAAGUAGCUCAAAACAGUCCAAUCCUCCAGAAUAUGAUCAGUACACUUACCGCAUGUUAUAUCCAUAAUGGCAGUCCCGCCAGUAUCUCCCUGGAAGAAGUACAGCAGAGGAAGGCUCAUUCAAUUCAAAUGUUGGUGGAUAAGAUCCGACAAGAGACGGCUCACGCAGCCGAAAAUGGGGCUACUUCAAAGUCUGAUUUGAAAGACAUGGAAGCCCUAUUGGAUGCAUGUAUUUUGAUGAGCAUCUUGGAUAGUGUGAUUGACUGUACCAAUUUUAACAUUGUUCCUACCCAUUUAUUUGGAGCAAGAGCUAUUCUUAAUGAGAUCGUCAAAAGAAAUCCAAACUUCCUUCGCUGUCUUAAGACCGGUAGUCCUUUAACCGCCCGUCUAUUUUCACUAUUUGCCACUAUGGAUCUCAUCUAUUGCAUUCUCUCAGGAGAAUCGGUCACUUGCAUGCCCCAGAAUGGCUGGUUCAGCUUGGGAGAUUGUGAUUGCUGGUUUGGUGUCAUCGGCUCCGGAGACCCUUAUUUGCAGGUGAUGGAGGCACUCUCGUUUCUAACUAAUUCGCAGCUACUGCUGAAGACUGGCAACUUACCCUUGAGUUUUAUGAACGAUUUAGAGGAACGAUUUUCUCUCUUGUUAAAGCUAAGUACACCUAAGGUGAACUCUCCUUGGAAUUUGUUUGUAGCAGGUUACGCUGACGUGGGUCUCGUCUACUACAGUCGGGUCAUUUUAGGUGCUGGCAUUGAUGAUCAGCAGGUUCAAUCUACUGUGAGUACGUUUCUUUCAAAGCUGAAAUCGGUUCCCGAAAGUUCUACUGCCGGUGACAAUGCUUCAAGUAUUUUAGAUCACUGUCUGCUCUUUCCUCUAAUGGUCUUAGGGGCCCAUUGCGUUCGGCAAGAUCAACAGGGAUUCGUUCGGAAAUGGAUAGGCAGAGCACUGCCUUCUUUGAGUUUCCAGAAUAUCGGAUCACUCUCCGUGUAUUUAGAUGGGCAGUGGGCCAUUACAAGUUGUCUUUCGAAUCCCUCAUCCGAUCCAGCCAAUAUCCAGACUGUUCGACAGUCCACUUGGUGGAAUCUGUUUGCAGAUAUAGCCAAAAAAUCGAUUAUAUUUUAA